UUGGCCCCUACGUGUAUAUAUUUUUGACGGAUGGUGCUUUAUGAUCACCAGGCUGGCUAAGAGUUAAAUUACUGGCUAAUAUGACACAGUUUUACGCAGAACUGUGUACGUACAGUGCAAAUCCGAAAUGCAGUUGAAAACUUGAGGUACGAUACAUUUGCAAUCUAAGAGGGAGUUUCGGCAAUCCUUUACUGGUCUCCAUCUUGAUCGACUUGAACUACCGGUGAAAGACCUUUCCCAACCGACCAGCUGGUUAGUGCUGAAUUCUUUAUCAAUAGAUCUCCUUUCUUUGACUUGUAGAGUGUGUCAGUUAUUCCUAUCUUGACUCCGCCGAUAGAUCGAUGAACUUCAAAGCUAAUAGUGCACAGCCAGCUGAAUGCGACGACUCUCUGCAGCAAGGUUGGUACAGGUUUAGAGGUGACGCAGGUGAUCAAAUGCCUACUUCUUGCGUGGCUGAAUUUUACUGCGGCGCACAUGCACCAGGCUGGCUUUCAACAAGUCAUCCAACAGUAGCCCAGGGUGCUGUGCGCGCCAAAGUGUGUUUUCAUUGGGGCAAAAGAUGCUGUUACUGGUCGAUGAACAUCACAGUUCGUAACUGCAGUGGGUUUUACGUGUAUAAACUGAACAAGCCUCCAAAGUGUAGACUGCGUUACUGCGGGAACGGAGCGCAAGCUCCCACCACAAACCCAGCUUCACCUUCAAGUUCGGAGUCAAGUCAAACUUUACCGACAAGUCCUUCAAAUCCUUCAGAAUGUUUAAACUACAAGUUCCUGAACGAAUCUAACCGAGCUCAAGGAUAUUCAAGCAGUAACCGCCUUGCAUUGUGCGACGAAAAACUCUCAGAAAGCUGGUACAGAUUCAGUGGAGGAGCUGGUGAUAAGAUGCCUGACUACUGUGUCGAUAAAUUAAGCUGUGGCACGCAUGCGCCGGGCUGGUUAAAUACAACCCAUCCUUCAGUAGCCGACGGAAUUGUUGAAACCAAUGUUUGUUUUCAUUGGGGAUCUGACUGCUGUUAUUGGUCGGCAACUAUCAAAGUUCGGAACUGUGGAGGGUUCUUUGUUUACCAGUUAAACCAUACACCCUACUGUAACCUUCGCUAUUGUGGAAACAAAAAGCAAGAGCCAUCGACAACUACACCACAUUCCUCAAAACCCACUGCUCGUCCCACCCGUACACCCUCUCCCGAAUGUACCAGAUACAGAGUACUACGCGGUAGCGAUCGUUCGCAAAGCUACGAGUAUAAAAACAUUCAGGGCGCCAAACCUAAAUGUGAUCGACGCCUGGCUAAAGCCUGGUACAGAUUCAUGGGAUUGGCGGGAAACCGGAUGCCAGAAACCUGUGUUUCUUCCUAUCACUGUGGUACCCAUGCCCCUGGAUGGCUUCGUGGAGUACAUCCCGACGUCUCUGAAGGAGUGGUGUCAAGAACGGUGUGUUUCACUUGGCGCAACAAAUGCUGCAGCUGGCGCAGUACAAUCUUAGUCAGAAAUUGUGGCAAUUUUUAUGUCUACAAAUUACAAAGAGCUCCAAAGUGCAAACUUCGUUACUGUGGUGUUGGUGUAAACGCAUUGACGACGGCAAAGCCAACGACGGCAAAGCCAACUACAACGCAGCCUCCUCAACCUACCCCCACAAGUAAGUUCAUUAGGUUUAAGAGCCUUAUAAGCAUUCGUCAGUGCCUGUUCAAAUCCGUUCUAAAUAUUCAAUUUUUCGUUUAUCUUCACCUGUGCAAAGAAUGUACCAGAUACAGAGUACUACGCGGUAGCGAUCGUUCGCAAAGCUACGAGUAUAAAAACAUUCAGGGCGCCAAACCUAAAUGUGAUCGACGCCUGGCUAAAGCCUGGUACAGAUUCAUGGGAUUGGCGGGAAACCGGAUGCCAGAAACCUGUGUUUCUUCCUAUCACUGUGGUACCCAUGCCCCUGGAUGGCUUCGUGGAGUACAUCCCGACGUCUCUGAAGGAGUGGUGUCAAGAACGGUGUGUUUCACUUGGCGCAACAAAUGCUGCAGCUGGCGCAGUACAAUCUUAGUCAGAAAUUGUGGCAAUUUUUAUGUCUACAAAUUACAAAGAGCUCCAAAGUGCAAACUUCGUUACUGUGGUGUUGGUGUAAACGCAUUGACGACGGCAAAGCCAACGACGGCAAAGCCAACUACAACGCAGCCUCCUCAACCUACCCCCACAAAAUUCAAACAUGGUUUUAUCAUCAUUUGUUUACCUACGGAAAUGCAAGUUCACGUUGCACGGAAAAGUUUGCCUCCUUUUGUGGAUCCCGGUCUACUCCGCCUUGAUGACCCGCGUUGUGGAGUGGUACAGACGGACGAAAAUGACAUCAGACUAACAACACCGCUGGACAGAUGUGGUACAAUACGCAGAACUUACGACGAGUCUGUUUCAUUCCAUAACAAAGUUGUGGCCGAGUCUGAUAUGGGAAGUAAGCGUUCUUUCCUAGAGUUUCCGUUCAGAUGCUCCUACAAGAAACUUCCUUCAUCCGAGGUAGAGAACUACCUUCAACCACUCUACUAUCACGGGCAAGUGAUGGACUCCACCCUCAAGGAUUACACAGGGUAACCAACGUCAGGCUGCGACUUAAGAGGAACGUCAAGUUCAAACCAAAAGCUUGGAAAUGAACGAUUAGUUUUUAACCUCUCAUAUGACAUUACCCCUGAUCUAAGCCUCAUCCGUAGAGUCCUCUCAUCGUCAAGAUAGUGGCAGAUCUAAACAGGCCAAAUGCAAAUAACAUUAAUCUCUUUUUAUUGAUAUUCCCUCGCAUGAGUCUCUUUUCCAAGCUUGCUCCAGUCCAAUACCGAGAAUACAAAGAUCACACGUACAUCCGAUUAUCAGAGAAAGGCAAGGGUCUAUGUUCAUUGUGGGCCCCCGCCCUGCAUGGUGCCCCUUCCUUUUUGAGCAAGAUCAAUCGAAACUUGAACGACUCCCCUCCACCAAAAAAAAAAAAAAAAAAAAAAAGGCCCAACAGAAAACUCUGGAGCACUUUUGGAUCUGCAACUAAUAUCCUAGAUAGUGUAGAUUGGCAAUGGUUGACAAUAAAAGCCUAGAGAUGAGA